AAAAGGUUGGGGACCGCUGUUUAUCACGGCAUCAAAUCUAUAAAAUUUUAAUCAUGUGUUUAAGAACCUGCUUAGUGAAUGUAGGUAGAAACUGUCUUAUACCCCUCUCAUAUCUAGUGUCUGGUGUUCCUUUUGAUAUUGAGGUUUGUGUGUGUGUGUGUGUGUGUGUGUGUGUGUGUGUGUGGUGUCAUCAUGCCAAGAUCUAAAGAGUUCUGUAAGGCCUUCAGAAAAAAAGGUUGUGGAUGCCUAGGAGUCUGGCAAGGGAUUUAAAAAGAUCUCCAAAUUAUUUGCAAUACAUCAUUCCACUAUAAUGAAAAUGAUCUACAAAUGACGCAGAUUUCAAACGACUGCCAAUUUGUCCAGGACUGGCCAACUUGGCAAAUUCAGCCAAAGAGCAGACCAUCUGAUGCAAAAAAGUCUUUAAGAACCCCAAAAGUUCAUCACAUGAUCUGUUAUAAGUCUUGCAACUGUUGUUGUCAAGUGCAUUCUAUAAUCAGAAAGAGAUACAAUCACAAAUUUGACCUGCAUGGGAGGCCUGCCAGGAAAAACCUUUGCUGUCUAAAAAGAACAUUAGAGCAAGACUACAGUUUGCCAAUGAGCUUCUAGGCAAAGACCAGGCCUUUUUGGAAUAAUGCGCUCUGGACAGACAAAUCAAAGAUAGAUUUGUUUGGCCACAGUAACAGCAGACAUAUUUGGCAGUGACCAAAGACAGUUUUUCAGGAGAAGCACCUCAUACCAACUGUGAAGCACAGUGGUGGAAAUGCUAUGGUGUGGGGUUGCUUUGCUGCCUCAGGGACUGGAGAGCUUACAUUCAUUGAUUUCAAUUAUGAAUUCUGCAUCAUAUCAAAGAGUGCUUGAAGAUAACGUGAGACCAUCUGUCCGAAAGUUGAAGUUGAACCGAAAGUGGACCUUUCAUCAGGAUAAUGGUGCUAAGCGCAAUAGCAUCCACCAAGGACUGUCUCAAAAAGAAGAAAUGUAGGGUUAUGGAAUGGCCGAGUCAAAGCCCGGAUUUGAAUCCCGUUGAAAUGUUGUGGGGGAUUUGAAACGGGCAGAACAUCCAAGAAAAUUCUCUAACAUCUUGCACCUGAAAGAAUAUUGCAUGGAAGACUGAUCAAAAAUUCCAGCAAGGGACUUCUGGCUGAGCGUUAGAUGGAGUAAGCCACAACUUUCGGGGCUCCUGCAACAACCUUUAAUAUUAUGUGUUAGGCACUUUUUUGUGGAGUGUUUUUGAUGUAAGUCGUGUCCAACACCUUAAUAUUAACUUUUGAUGUCCAAAAUGCCAGCAAAAGCCAAAGGCGGGAACAUUUCGUCUGCUCCGCUUCAGCGGCCUGCUCCAAACGCUGCAUCCUCGCCUCGUAGUGAUCCCUCCUCCCCCUGCGAAGGUGUUGUUAUGCCCGCUAUCCCCCCCAGUUUCAAGGAGGAGCUUCUCGCUUCACUCCGACACGAAAUGGCGGCCACUUUCAAAACCGAGCUCCAGGCGGCCUUGGGCGAAAACUUGGCCUCUAUUAAGGAAGAGCUACAGACGGUAAAGGCGGAAUUAACAGUCAAUAUUACGGUUAUCCAGUCGGAGGUAAGCGCAUUGAAAAACACCGUGGGUGAAAUGGAAACUUCGCUCUCCGCCUGCUGUGAUGACAUCGCUACGCUACAGGCUAAAGUGGAGUGCCUUUCUGCCGACCUGGGGAGGGUGGAAAAUAAGUGCGAGGAUCUCGAGGCUAGAUCACGGCACAACAAUCUGAGAAUCGUAGGUGUCCCUGAAGACUCGACCAGCGCGUCCACACCGGCAGCUGUUUCCACUCUAGUUAAAGAGGCUUUUAAGCUGGACAAAGAGCCACUUCUGGACCGUGCUCAUCGCACUCUGCAGCCGAAGCCCAAACCCGGCGAGCGCCCCCGUCCUAUAAUCGCUCGACUCCAUUGUCAUGCGGACUGUGUGGACAUCCUUCGAUGGGCCAGAGCCCAACAACGGAUGAAGGUUGGUGACAUGGUUAUCUCUAUCUUUCCCGAUCAUACCGCGAAGAUAGCCCGUGCUCGUGCUGCCUUCAAUGACUGCUGCCGUCAGCUCCGUGAGAUACCAGGAAUACGGUUUGGUCUGCUUUAUCCGGCACGUCUCCGCGUUACACAGGAUGGCACCGAGAGGGAGUUUAAAUCCGCGGAGGACUCCAGAGCCUUCAUUAAGACACUGAUCAAAGGCGAUGCUUCAUUUUCAUUCUCUUCCUGCCGUAAGCACUUGAUGGAUGUCCACUAAUACUGGAAAUUCUGGCUCACAUGUGAACUUUGUGAGCUGGAACAUUAAAGGUAUGGGGAGCCCUAUAAAGAGAUCUAGGGUAUUUGCUCAUCUGAUACGGCUCAAUGCGGACAUAGUGUUUCUACAAGAAACUCAUAUGCGCACCACAGACCAGGUUCAGCUUAAAUGUCCGUGAAUUUCUGAGGUGUUUCACUCUAAUUUCAACUCUAAGGCCAGGGGAGUUGCCAUUUUAAUUGGUAAGUCAAUUCACUUUUCAUCUUCCAAAGUAAUAUCAGAUGAAAAUGGCAGAUACUUAAUAAUUUCAGGUAAAUUAUUACAUGUCCCUGUAUAAUUAGUUAAUAUUUCAAAUUUUGAUGACCCACACUUUAUGAAUAAGCUCUUUGAGCGCCUCCCUUCAUUACAUAAUACUCCCCUUAUAUUUGGUGGAGUUAUGAAUUGCGUUGUUGAUCCUAGGUUGGACCGCUCUACUCCCAAGAGCAUGACGCCCUCACUAAUGUCAAGUACGCUUUCUGAUUUCAUGUCCAAGAAUGGUUGCAUUGAUCCUUGGAGAUUCCAUAAUCCCAGUAUCAAGGAAUAUGCUUUCUUUUCGCAGGUGCAUUAGUCCUUCUCUAGAAUUGGUUAUUUUUUCAUCGACGCCAAACUUAUCUCCAAAGUGGCGAUGGUUAAAUAUCAUCCUAUUGUGAUUUCUGACCGUGCCCCGCUUUCUUUGGAUAUUCAGCUUUCCCCCAACCUCAAUAUUCAACACCGUGGAGGUUUAAUACUCUGCUUCUGUCAGACAACAAAUUUAAUGCAUUUAUUGCAGCUUUACUUGACUAUUUUCUUGAAAUCAAUCAGAAUGAGGUUGAACCUAUUUCCUGUUCCCUGCUGUGGGAGUCACUAAAAGCAUACUUGCGGGGCCAAAUAAUUUCCUACUCCGCACAUUUAAACAAAACGCAUACGGCCAAUCUUCAAGAGCUAUCAAGUAAAAUUGACGAUAUAGAUAGACAAUUGGUCACUGGCCCCUCUUCUGCUUUACUUAAAGAUCGGGUUGAAUUACAGGCUGAAUUUGACCUUAUUACAACUGCUGAUGCAGAGCGCCUUCUACUAUGUUCACGUUCCGCAUAUUAUGUACAUGGUGAUAAGCCGAGCCGACUCUUGGCCCACCAAUUGCGAAGUCGGGCAACUUCGCACAUAAUCCCUCAAAUAAAAGAUUCAUCUGGCAUACUCCAUACAGACCCUAAUACCAUUAACUCAGUUAAAGUUACCAGUUACUCAGUUACCAAAAAACAAGUUUGGCUCCCGAUUUGUUGAUUCACUGAGAUGUACAAAAUAAUCUCUGUAAUUUUUUUUUCUCCUUUAUAAAUGUGGUUCUCAGUGUAUUGAAGUUUGUUUGUUUUUUUCCAA